UGUCGUGAAACUUAUGAGCAUUUUGAAGAACUAUUUUUACCGUUAAAUGUGAAGAUGGUUAGAAAAAUCGCAAAAUAAAUACCACACACAUUGAAGGCUGGUUGUGAUCUUUCGGAGUGGAAGCCAUUUUCAUGUUUAUAUGUAGAUUUGAAGUGUUUUGCAUUUGUGCACAUGACUGUGAACGUGAAACCCCAACAAUUGCGAACGAUGUUUUGCUGUUUAAGAAAUUGUUUUCAUGGCUUCAGCUUUGCUACGACUCGGACACCGAAACGGGAACGAAAUCCCAUCGCCUUGGAUACGACUCACAUGGGAAAUGAGGUAGUAAUAGUAAAAAAUGGUCUAAGAAUAUGCGGAAGUGGUGGUGCCUUAACGAAUGCCCCUCUUCUUCAGAGUAAAAGUUAUUUUGAAGUAAAGAUACAGCAGGGUGGUAUAUGGGGCAUUGGAUUAGCUAGAAGAGACACGGAUCUUAAUGUCGCUAUAGGAGGCAAAGACUCAGAAAGUUGGGCGCUUGAUUCUGAUGGUAUCAUAAGGCAUAAUGAACAAGAACUUCAUAAGAUUCAAAAUCCUGUUCAGGAAGGAGAUGUCAUCGGAGUAUCCUACGAUCAUGUAGAAUUGAAUUUUUAUUUAAAUGGAGAAUCCAUGAAUGCUCCAGUUACAGGUGUAAAAGGACGGAUUUAUCCAGUGUUAUAUGUGGAUGAUGGAGCCAUUCUGGACUUAUUUCUAGAAAAUUUUAAUUAUACUCCACCAAUGGGCUUCGAGAAAAUAAUGCUGGAACAAUCAUUGCUCUAGCAGGGAUAGGAACAAAAAUAACAUGUUAAAACUGACAUUCCUCGUUCGAAUUUCGUUAAAUUUAUAACAUUAAGAGUUAAAAUUAAACGUUAAAUAAUUAAACUAAGAUAAAUUGUAAACAGGGAAUUCCAAGUAUAGUAUAAAAACAUAACAUGGUAUUAAAAAACAAUGUAAUAAACACAAUUGCAUGAUAAUAUAUUUUAUUGAAGAGCUUGGAAUAAACGAUUUGCCUAAAGAUGUGAGAAUCUAUUUUUUGAUGUAUUCUCUACGGAACGAAGAUGCAUUAGAUUUUAUAUAACUAAUUGAGAGAAAGUUCUUGAGAUUUAUUAAAACUAAAAAGAGAUUUACAACGUUAAAUGUUCGAAUGAGUCAAUUUAGUUCUAUUUCAAUCCGAUGUUUAUGUUAUGAUAAUUACACAUAUCUUUGUAUAAUUGUAUAAUAAUAGAUAUAAUCAUAAAUAUGUGUGUACAAUUUGAGUAUUAUAUAAUAUAUAUAUGCAUAUAUAUGCAUUUGUAUACAUAAUGAUUCAUUAAAUCUUAAACGACUAAUGGUAUAGUAUGUACAUACUUGGCUUAUAUAAGGUACCGACGGUUUUAGGCCUAUUGUUCGCUUUAUUAGGCUUAGUGUCAUGACAUCUUGUUAAUUCUCCCCUCCCCCCCCGCGCGCGCACACACACACACACACACACACACACACACACACAUUCGCGCGCGC